AUGAGAGACAAGAACGAGGCCCCCCCGGGACACGGAACAGAUCAGACUCUUGCCAUGCCGAUAUCUGCAGAGGAUAGGCGCGCAAUCGGAAGACUCUGGCGUGUUGAGGCCGCUCCGGGGCGUCUCAGAAGCGGCAGCAUGACCGUGGCUCCUGGCACAAAGACUCCAUAUCCCCCUUCAUCUGCCCUGCGGCAUGCUGCCAAUGCUUGGGCACAGCGUUUCUUGCUCGGGAGUCGGGACCCUGUUCACCACGUCGACCACGAGCACGUUUCAAAGCCGUGCUGCACCCGCCAGCGAGUGAAUGCAGGUCCGCCAGGCUGUCGAAACAAGGGCCGAGCAGCCUCUCGACGAUCCAGGGCCAGUCAAGGCGAGGCAUCAGGGCGCCAGUGCCACUCGACACACGCCCACGCGGACAGGGGGGGCAUCGACUGGAGAAGGGUUCUCGAGAGGCAUCGUCAGUUCAUGUAUGUAGGUCAUACGGCUUCAGGGCAGAGGGGGACGGAGCUUCGGCAUGGAAGUGAGCAGCAGGCCGGCAAACGACUGGCCGGCAAGGCAGCGGCAGAGACGGGGCGAUGCGUCAUGGCUGAUGCCCAGGAUCUGGCAGCGAUGCGGAUUUGCUGGAGAUGCAACGCCGCUCAGGUCAGCAACUGGCACAUGCAGAUUCCGAGAGAAGAAAAAGAGACGAGCAUCCUCCCAGAAACCAAGUACACACGCUCGCUCGCUUCCUCGGUAAGACGUCCAGCGCAGCAGAUACCACCCCAUGAUGCUACUCUACGACUACGACACUACUACUACUACCACCAUUCCAUCCUACCAAACACUAUUAUCUUGUACCCCUCUCGUUCAAAAGGGCCGUCGCGAAUUUCCCGCUUCUUCUCGGCCGUUAUCAAACCCGCGCCGCUGCCGCCUUCACACACCAUCUUCGACAAUCAAGAGGAGACGUCGGACAACGAGGAUACUCCGACAGAGUAA